AGGAUGGAACUGAAACACGGAUAUAUGUUGACUAAGGAGUUGGAAUAAGACUGAGUUCCGCUCUGUGAUAUCUAUAUACCUGGACCAUGAACUUGCUGUUUGGCUUCAUGCUUUAGGAACUUUUGUAGUAACUGUGUGAAGCUGUUGGGAAUCAUGGCAUUCUCUCCAUGGAAGCUGUCCUCUCAGAAACUUGGCUUUUUUCUGGUGACUUUUGGUUUCAUUUGGGGAAUGAUGCUUCUGCAUUUUACUAUUCAGCAGCAAACGCAACAUGAAAGCAGUUCAGUCCUGCGUGAGCAAAUUUUGGAUCUCAGCAAAAGAUAUAUCAAAGCAUUAGCUGAAGAAAAUAAAAAUGUGGUUGAUGGGCCUUAUGUUGGGACAGUGACAGCAUACGAUCUGAAGAAGACACUUGCUGUCUUGUUGGAUAAUAUCUUGCAGCGCAUUGGGAAGUUAGAGUCCAAGGUGGAAAACCUUGUGCUUAAUGGAACAGGAGCAAACUCUACCAACAAUACUACCACUCCUGCUCCUAGCUUAGGAGCAGUUGAAAAGCUUAAUGUAGCAG